AAUCUUCAGCUAGCUCUGGAGCGAGGAGCGAGGAGCUAGGAGAGGCGGCUCCCAAUCCCAGCGCUCACCCCCGCCUACACCCUGGGCGGGCCGAAGUGUCACGUUUGCAAGUGCUCAGGAAGGAUUCGGCCCGUCUUCGGAGGCAAGCCGGUCAGGCUGCGGUUUCUGCUGCCUAUAAGGAGAGGCGAUGCCAAGCGGGUAUGCUGCUUACUAGGCAGCACCCCAUCAGGAUCCGACUGCAUUAGUAAGCCUUCACAGUCACCUGAAGCCACCGACGGGCCGCGCGUUCCUCGUACGCACCAGCCACUGCUUCCCAGGAAUCUCAUUGGAACAGAACCAUGGGGCAUCCUCCGCUGGAGUUCAGCGAUUGCUACUUGGACAGCCCCGACUUCCGUGAGAGGCUCAAGUGUUAUGAGCAGGAGCUGGAGAGGACCAAUAAAUUCAUCAAAGACGUGAUCAAAGACGGCAACGCGCUUAUCAGCGCCAUGAGAAAUUACUCCUCUGCUGUUCAGAAAUUUUCCCAGACGCUGCAGUCCUUUCAAUUUGAUUUUAUUGGAGACACUCUGACUGACGAUGAGAUUAACAUUGCUGAAUCCUUCAAGGAGUUUGCUGAAUUGCUCAAUGAAGUAGAAAACGAAAGGAUGAUGAUGGUACAAAAUGCUAGCGAUUUGCUGAUCAAACCCCUGGAAAAUUUCCGGAAGGAGCAAAUAGGUUUCACAAAGGAGCGGAAAAAGAAAUUUGAAAAGGAUGGUGAAAGGUUUUAUUCUUUACUGGAUCGGCACUUACAUCUGUCAUCUAAAAAGAAAGAAUCUCAAUUACAAGAGGCAGAUCUCCAGGUGGAUAAAGAGAGACACAUUUUCUUUGAGUCCUCCCUCGACUACGUUUAUCAAAUCCAGGAAGUUCAGGAAUCCAAGAAGUUCAAUAUUGUGGAGCCAGUCUUGGCCUUUCUUCAUAGCCUCUUCAUUUCCAACAGCUUGACUGUGGAGCUCACACAGGAUUUCCUUCCAUACAAACAGCAGCUGCAGCUCAGUUUGCAGAAUACAAGAAAUCAUUUCUCCAGUACCCGGGAAGAGAUGGAAGAACUUAAGAAAAGGAUGAAAGAAGCUCCCCAGACAUGCAAACUUCCAGGACAGCCAACCAUAGAAGGCUAUCUCUAUACACAAGAGAAAUGGGCCUUGGGAAUAUCCUGGGUGAAAUACUACUGCCGUUAUGAGAAAGAGACCAAAACACUCACCAUGACACCUAUGGAACAAAAGCCAGGGGCUAAGCAGGGACCCUUGGAUUUAACCCUGAAAUACUGCGUGAGAAGGAAGACAGAGUCUAUUGACAAGAGGUUCUGUUUUGAUAUAGAAACUAAUGAGAGACCAGGUACCAUCACUCUGCAGGCUCUAUCAGAAGCUAACAGAAGGCUAUGGAUGGAAGCUAUGGAUGGGAAAGAACCUAUCUACCACAGCCCCAUAACGAAACAGGAAGAAAUGGAGCUGAAUGAAGUGGGGUUCAAGUUUGUUAGGAAGUGCAUCAAUAUCAUUGAGACGAAAGGCAUCAAGACAGAAGGCUUGUACCGCACUGUGGGCAGCAAUAUUCAGGUUCAGAAGCUGCUGAAUGCCUUUUUUGAUCCCAAAUGCCCAGGAGAUGUUGAUUUUCAUAAUAGUGACUGGGACAUUAAGACAAUCACCAGCUCCUUGAAAUUCUACCUCAGGAAUCUUUCUGAACCUGUCAUGACCUAUAGGCUUCACAAAGAGCUGGUCUCUGCUGCCAAGUCUGAUAACCUGGAUUAUCGGCUAGGAGCUAUUCAUUCCCUGGUUUAUAAGCUACCAGAAAAGAACCGUGAGAUGCUGGAACUUCUGAUAAGACACUUGGUCAAUGUGUGUGAGCACAGCAAAGAGAAUCUCAUGACCCCUUCCAACAUGGGGGUGAUCUUUGGGCCCACCCUGAUGAGAGCUCAAGAGGACACUGUGGCUGCCAUGAUGAACAUCAAAUUUCAGAAUAUCGUGGUUGAAAUCCUAAUUGAGCACUUUGGCAAGAUCUAUUUGGGUCCACCUGAGGAGAACACUGCACCCCCAGUGCCUCCACCUCGAGUGACAGCAAGAAGACACAAACCAAUCACAAUUUCGAAGCGAUUACUGCGAGAAAGGGCGGUUUUCUAUACUUCUUCCCUGGAUGAAAGUGAAGAUGAAAUCCAACAUCAAACACCUAAUGGUACUAUCACUAUCAACCUAGAACCCCCGAAGCUGCCACAACACCUCAAACUACCUAUGCAGAGGAGUGGGGAAGCUGAUCCUGGGAGAAAGUCUCCAAGCAGGCUUAUUUCAGAUGGCAAAUUGGAGCCGUGCCCUGAGGUGGAUGUGGGGAAGUUGGUAUCUAGGAUACAGGAUGGAGGGACCAAGACUACCCCAAAGGCCACCAAUGGACCAAUUCCAGGCCCUGGCCCCACAAAGACCCCUCCUUUCCACAUAAAGAGACCAGCUCCCCGACCCCUGGCUCACCACAAGGAAGGGGAUACUGACAGUGUCAGCAAAGUGCGGCCUCCAGGAGAAAAGCCAACGAUCAUCCGUCCCCCAGUGAGACCCCCAGACCCUCCCAGCCGGGCAGCUACUCCCCAAAAGCCAGAACCAAAGCCAGAUAUUAUAGCUGGCAAUGCAGGGGAAAUCCCAUCAUCCGUGGUGGCUUCCAGGACCCGGUUCUUUGAAACAGCUUCCCGGAAAACAGGAAGUUCUCAAGGCAGACUUCCUGGAGAUGAGAGUUGAGGCCACAGGUUUUAAAAUCCUUGGCCUCAGGGAUCCUUUCCAGGUCCUGAAAGGGUCUACUUCAAAGCCUUGUGUCCUGAGACAUUUUGUGCUGAAGAGCAGCUCCUUCUUGGCCCUGCACCUUCAGGCUCAUGGGAAGCCAAAAAUAAGGGGCACAUGUCCUAGACACAUGUUUAUUUCUCCUUUGUAUUCUGUCUUCAUCCCCUCAGAAGGUCUGUAUUAAGCUCCUGUAACACUGUGAAUGUCUGGAUUCCCUCAAGCCCCAGACUCUGCCAAAACCAAGAUAUCCACUGACCUGAGUCGAAGAAGGGAGCCUAGUUUUCAACUCUUCCCUGAACUUCCUGCUUCCUCAAAAGGCUGUCAAACUCUCAAGAUUUGGGGCUAAAGACUGGUCUUAGGAGUCUUGCUCUGAACUAAAGGCAACUUGAUUUGGGGUCAUUGCUUACCUUGGUUGAAGAGGAGUAGGAAUGUUUGCUGAAUAUUGGAGAAUGUUAACAUGUCUCUUACUGAGGAUAUGGGCACUGGUGCCAGGUUGGUGCUCUGGCAUUGCCGUAUGUUGCUAAGAGCCUGUCUGCUGUGGGACCAGACAGCAUGGGUUAUGCCCCUCAUAGUGCUCACACCCUGCAUGGACUUAGGAAGGGGGCCUUCCUGCUCUUGCUUACAGCCACUUAGGACAAAUCUGCAAAGCAUGUUUUGCAUGUCAAAGCCUAGGUCUAUUUGGAUCAUCCUUCCUGUUUUCACCUAAAAGCUUCCUUUCCAAGCAAACAAGAAAAAGUGAAAAACAAACAAAACUACUCCAAACUGAAAAUAUUUCUUUAAAAAGGCAUAUUGUGUUUUGUCAUAUUGAAGCUCCAUUCUUGAGUCAAAUUUUAGGAAAAAUUGUUAAGAUGGAGGGAAGCCAAGUAGUUAUUGCUGUUGCUUCAUGUUUGCCUUCUGCUGAUAAGCUAUUUUAUCUCCUGAAAAAAAGGCAAUUUUUCUAUCGAGUGUCCAUGGAUUCAGGAACUCCAUGAUGCCCCUGAGAUGUUAUGCAUGAUUCCAUGAUAAUUUGCCUUUUCUGGGCAGAUAGUCCAUAAUAUUUUACUGAAUUUCAAAUGGGCCUAUGACCCAAAAAACAUUAAGAACCACACCUCAUGAGAUAAAAGACUCAUUUUACAGUCCAUAAAGCAUUUGAUUAGAAGAGAUUCUCAAAAACAUUUAGUCUAACAGCCUAGUUUACUGACAGAGCAAGUUGGUGACCACAGCAGAACAAGAUCCCAGGUCCUGGAGCUGGUAUGUGGAGUUCUUUCUAUUACACCACACUUUUCUAACCAGGGGCCUUAGGGUUGGUGGCUUUAAUGACCAUCAGUUUGGGGGGUUGGCUUUUUACCCUUUUUAUUGACCUCACAUUUACCACCAAGGGGAAAACUUCAAAAAACAAUCCCCUGAUCCCCUUCAUUGAUCAUCUCAAUCACUAGAAGGGAAUUAAAUCAAUGUAGUGGGUCAGAAAGCUAAGAAAUAAUUUCCGAAUCCUGUUUGUUGAAAGAGAUCUUCUGAAAAAGUGUCAGUGUUCCUAGGCAGAUGCUGUGGCCAUAGCCUCUCUUUAAGGUCCAUGUGACUAUAACAUGACCCAGUAUGGGAGGAAGGGCUUUCCUGCUUCCACUCUUCUAACAUGAGCCCACUAGUACACUGAUUGUAGUACUUAGAGAGAAGCAUAGAUAUGGAGAGAGAGAGAGAGAGAGAGAGAGAGAGAGAGAGAGAGAGAGAGA